AUGCGACUGGCAGGAGAUCAUCUGGAGCCGGAGGAGUUUCAUAAAGAAGUGCAGGCUCUGUUGGCAAAAGGGGAUUCGUGCAAUGACACCAUCCUCCUGGACUGCCGCAAUUUCUACAAGAGUCAAAUUGGGCAGUUUACUCAGUGUCUGGGCCCGAGCAAGUUCAGAUACUUCCCGGACUACGUCGACCAGAAGCUGGAACUGUUCAGAGACAAGAAGGUGUUGAUGUACUGCACAGGAGGGCUCUGCUGUGAGCGCGGCUCCGCAUACCUCCACUCCAAAGAUGUGUGUAAAGAGGUUUACCAGCUGAAAGGUGGAAUCCACAAUUAUCUGGAGCGAUUCCCGGAAGGUUUCUAUUGAGGGAAGCUUUAUGUGUUUGAUGAACGCUACGCCAUUUCCUCCAACUGGGACCAAUACGAACUCUGUUCCACCGAGUUCUGCUGUCAGCUGGUUCUGUCCUGUCCCGCCUAAAGACGGGACGACGGACACACUGCUUGCUGCCCCACCUGCCUAACCAAAGGACAGGCUCCGCACCACAGAGAGGAGUGUGAGUGCACUGACGGACGUCCCAGAAUCCCUCAGGAUGCGUAG